AUGAUGCACAAUCCUUAAUUUAUUUUACUUCCAUCAAUCUUAAAGAUAGUUAGAACUAAUGCAUAUACAGAUGUUGUAAUCGAGAAUAUUUCUAAAUGGUUUUUAACUAAUGGCUAUCUUUCCAAAUUAUAGCUAAUAUAUUUUGGAUAUGACCUUUAUUCAAAUUGUUCUCCACGUGAUUGCAAUUUAGAGAAUAUACUUAAAAAUGGUGAUUCUAUUAUUAUUCUACAUUUUGGGUUGAGAAAGCCGACCCAAAAAUACUGUGUCUAUUGGAAUCCUUUAAUCCUUAAGGGUAAGCCUUGUAGGUCUUCUUAUUAAUGGUCUCUAGGAAUUAUAUAUUUAGUUAGGACUUAAGGGACAUAAAUUCUGAAUGAAGUUUAAAAGUAUAUAACUGCAUGGUUGAAAGGAGGAAGAUUGGAUAUUGGGUUUUUGAUUAACAAUAAAAAGCAAUCAGUCCAAGAUUUAAUAUCUCCACUCUUGGAUCCAGAAAAUCCUAUAGCUUGGAAUGAAAUCCAUAAUCAUCCAGCUUUUAGAGAAGAUAAUGCUUGUAAAUUAAUUUUGAAGUUUCGAUGCAAAUUCUAUAAUUACGAAGUAAAAAGUCAAUCUUCAUCAAGAACUAAUAGUAGAAAUGAAAAUAGUAAUUAAAUUAGCAUUAUGCCUUGUCCUUAUGGAUUAUAGAAUCCAAAAUUUAGCGAGUAAAAUAUAUAUAAUCAAUCAAUUAUCACAAAGGUUUGCAAUUUAUAAAAAUCACAUCAAGAUAAAGAGCGUAAUGCUUUGGGCAAUUUGUAUUCAUCUGUAUUAAAUAGACAUACAUCCACAUCAUAAACAAAUAGAUAGACAAUCUAAAUAAAUAUCAGCCCUAAUAAGUUUAAUCACUAANAGUACUUAGAUAUUUUGAACUAUUAUCCUCAUUAUUAAAAAUUCAACAAAUAUCAUAGCUCUUUGCAUUGA